CCAAAUUAAUAAAAUUAGUGAAACUGAUAAAACUAGUAAUGUUAGUAAAACUAGUAGAAUUAAAGUAAUUAAUAAUUUUGAUAAUAUUAGUGAUGCUAAUAAAACUAGUAAAACUAGUAAUAUUGAUAAUACUA